UAUUUAUUACUCGACUCAAUAUGUCAUUGUAUCGCUUGCAAUCAUAAUGUCUUACACCAAAAAGGUUCGAACAACCCAUUCGUAUAUUUCCUCUUCAUAUUCUGAAUCUGAAACAAAGGAGCACGAUGUAUUCCUCUGUUAUAGAGGCAAAGACACCCGCAAUACUUUUACCGACCAUCUAUAUCACGCUUUGGCUGAUAAAGGGAUUCGCACCUUUAAGGAUGAAACAAUUGGGAUUGGAAAACCCAUUUCCCCAGAACUCUUGCUUGCAAUUGAGAAUUCGAGCGUGGCAGUGGUCGUGUUGUCAAAAAAUUUUGCAUUUUCGGUAUGGUGCUUACAAGAACUUGCAAGAAUUAUUGAAUGCAUGAAAGAGAGGAAGAUGACUGUUUUGCCCAUUUUCUACCAUGUGGAUCCUAGUGAUGUGCGACAUCAGAGGGGCUUUUUCGCUCAGGCCUUUGCCAAACAUGAGAUAAGUUUUGAGAAGGACUUGGAGAAGGUGCGAAUGUGGAGAAAUGCUUUGAGAGAAGUGGGUAAUCACUUCGGAUUCCAUUUACAGGAUGGGCCCGAGUCAAAGUUUAUCAAAUUCAUUGUACAUCAUUUACAACGUAAUGUUCCGAUGAAAGAUUCACCGGUAGCUUCCUCCAGCAGCAAUGUUCAAAAGCCGCCAUCUUCUCUUUCCUCUUCUUGUUCCGAAUGGGAAUAUGAUGUUUUCCUUAGUUUCAGGAGUACAGACACCCGCAAUAAUUUUACCGACCAUCUGUUCGAGGCUUUGGUUAAUAAAGGUAUUCGUACCUUUAUGGACAUUAAUGGAGAAUCUAGGAGGGAAGAAUGGAUUGCUCCAGAAAUCUCGAGUGCGAUGGAGAAAUCCAGAAUGGCAGUCAUCGUAUUCUCACAACAUUAUGCACAUUCCAGGUGGUGCUUGCAAGAACUUUCAAUGAUUUGCGAAUGCAUGAAAGAGAAAAAGAUGGUAGUUUUGCCCAUUUUCUACCAUGUGGAUCCCAGUGAAGUUCGUCAUCAGCGAGGGAACUUUGGAGAUGCCUUUGAAAGACAUGGACCUUUCACAAACAUUGAGACGAUGCUAAUAUGGAGAGAUGCUUUGCAUGAAGUGACCAAUCUCUCUGGAUUCAAAAUCGAAGACGGGUCUGAGGCAAAGUUUAUUCGAACCAUUGUUGAAGAGAUAUCCUUGCAAUUUGAUUAUACACUCACAAGUGUCGCUGGUGAUGACCUUGUUGGAAUGAACUCUCGUCUUGAGGAAAUGAAUUUGCAUUUAGAUUUGGCAUCAAAUGAUGUUCGCUUUAUAGGGAUAUGCGGGAUGAGUGGAAUAGGCAAGACAACCCUUGCAAGAGUUGUCUUUGUACGAAUCCUUCAUAAAUUUGAAGCUAGCAGGUUUCUUGAAAAUGUUAGAGAGGUUUCUAAAUCAUAUGGUUUAGCUGCUUUACAAGAACAACUCCUUUAUAAUAUGAAGUUCAAGAGUGAAAAAGAUGCAUGGAAUGUGCAUAAGGGAAUCCAUGCGAUAAGAAGCAGACUAUGUCGCAAAAAGGUUCUUAUUGUUCUUGAUGACGUUGAUACCGAAAUACAAUUACAAAUGUUAGCAGGAAACCGUGAAUGGUUUGGCCCUGGAAGUAGAAUCAUUAUAACCACCACAAAUAGAUAUUUGUUGGCAAGACAUGGAGUGCAAGAUGUAUGCUUGGCUAAACAACUGAAUGAGUCCGAUGCUCUACAGCUCUUUAUUUGGAAAGCCUUCGGCAAACCAAAUUGUGGAAAGGAGUUUUUGGAUCUUAGCAAGGAUUUCGUAAAUUAUGCCAAGGGCCUGCCUUCAACUAUUAAAAACUUGGGUUGCUCUCUGUAUGGGAAGAGCAUAGAGCAAUGGAUAGUUGAGCUGGAUAACCUAAAAGCAGAAGCUGUUGAUAGAAACAGUGAGGAUGCAGAUAGAUUCAACUUUGAUGGACUUUGGGAUACAGAGAAAGAGCUAUUUUUAGAUAUUGCAUGUUUCUUCAAUGGGGAGGACAAGGAUCGAGUUGUAGAUAUACUAGAUAAUUCUGGUUGCUUCCCAAACAUAGGUAUAGAGGUUCUCAAGGAAAAAUCUUUCAUUACCAUUGUAGGGAAAAAAUUAUGGAUGCAUGAUUCACUACGAAAGGUGGGUUGGGAAAUUGUUCGUAAUGAAUCCCCUAUGGAGGCUGGAAGACGUAGUCGGUUGUGGCUUUGUGAGGAUGUCCUCAACGUGCUAAAGAACAAUAAAGGAACAAAUGUAGUUGAAAGCAUAGUGCUAGACUCACUUCUACAAAAGGAAGAGCUGAAUGCUGAAGCCUUCUUAGAAAUGAAGAGGUUAAGAUUGCUUAAAAUCUGCAAUGUGCUCCUUCCUCAUGGCCUCGAUUAUCUUUCUAAUGAGUUACUUGUCAUUGACUGGCAUGGAUAUCCUUUGAAAUCCUUGCCAAGGAGUUUCCAACCCAAUAACCUUGUCGAACUCAUUAUGCGUUGCAGCCACAUUAAGCAACUACCGAAGGGGUUUAUUAGUAAUUUAUACCGUUUAAAACUCAUCGACCUGAGUGACUCUCAAAACUUCAACGAGAUUCCUAAUUUCGAUGGAUUUCCAAAUCUUGAGAGGUUGAUCCUUCAACGUUGUACAAGCCUGUGCAAGAUUGAUCCAUCUAUUAGAGCUCUGAAUCGGCUUAUUCUAUUAGAUCUGGAAGGUUGCAAAUGUCUUUAUAGCCUUCCACCCGAGAUCAACUUUGAAUCUCUUGAAACUUUCAUCUUAUCUGGCUGUUCAGCACUCAAGAAAUUCCCAGAGAUUGGACAAAACAUGACACGUUUGUCAAAGCUUUAUUUGGAUGGGAGUGCUGUUGAAAAACUACCAUUAUCAUUCAAGCAUCUAAGUGGCCUGACUUUAUUGAAUCUCCGAGACUGCAAAAACUUUUCGGCUUUUCCAGACAUGAUUUGUUCUUUGACAUCUCUUCAAACGCUCAAUUUAUCAGGAUUUGAGUGUCGACCAACUAGAUCAUGGCAUUCGCUUGGACGCUCUUAUAGUUUGUCCUCAGUGCGUGUCACUGCCACGUAUCCUCAAAUAAUUUCUUUUUUGAUCCUAUUUUUCCUAAUAUUGCCCCAUGGACAUCUCAGUUUCCUUGUCUGUGCUACGCUUAUUUUAUGGGCAUAUUUCUUCUUCGCUGCCCAACUUCCUGAGCUAGAGCCCAUCAACUUCUUGUUGCCAAGGUCGUUCUCAAGGUUGAGCUCUUUGGUCUCUCUAGAUUUAAGUGAUUGCAACUUGUUGGACGGAGCACUCCCUGAUGAUCUUGAUCGCUUAUCUUCACUGCAUUCUCUGAAUUUGGGCGGAAACAAUUUUACACGGCUGCCGGAGAGAAUUUCUCAGCUUCCUAAGCUUAAAAUUCUUUAUUUGGAUAAAUGUGGCAGGCUUCAAUCAAUUCCUAAACUUCCUUUAUGCAUACAAUUUGUAAUGGCACGAGAAUGUGCUUCAUUGGAAAAUUAUUCAAGUCAAGGUAUGGUGUGGACUUCAGGCGAAGAGGGAUUUAUCACUUCUUGACAUCUCUUUUCAUCUGCUUCCUGUGAGGAUGCAUGCAUGGGCGUUGGAGGAGGUUUGAAACCUAAUCUUGUUUCAUGUACAGAGACUUUCCGACAAAGUUCGAAAUUUACUUUCCAAUGCAGACUUGCUGGACAUGAUCUACGUCGAAUCAGACUCUGUCGAUUAAUGCCUUUGCUCCUGGGUUUGAUUGGUCUAUGGUAGGUGUUCUAUUUGAGACUGAUAUUUUGGAAGAAACGUUAGAUUUUUUCUAGGAUUAAUGUCGUGAAUAUUAUUUAUUCAUUUAUUUUUCCAAGACAGAAUUAUAGUGAUGGUGUGGCAAUAAUUUGAGUGUAAGAAAAUAAAAAGAACAGAAUCCUCUCAGAAUGCAUAUGAUGAAGAUUGCUACAAGUACUACUGGGAUUUGUUAAAAAACAAAACUACUGGGAUUGGUUCAUGUUUUGGACAUUUACAUGGAAUUGAUCAGACGAUGAUUCACUCUCCAAUAAUAACCCGAGUGUUGGGAUCGAAAAAGGGAAAAUUACAUAAAACCAUUUCUUCUCAGCAUUCUUAAAAAUAUUUUUACAUUCAACUCCACGAUUUGGUCACCUUCCCGAGUCAUAUGCGAGUUUUCUGCACCUGCUCUGGUUCCGACUUCCGUAUCGUGCUCUCUAGAGAAUGAACUUGUGGAAAUAUGGAUCCUGACUAGGUGAAAUGUUGCUGAUCAAAUCUUUGUGGACUACAAAAAUAGCACACAACACAAUUCCUUUCCAACUACUAUUUUCAUACAAAUCAGAAGGUAUCCGGAUCAGUACAGAUGACCCAUAUUUCUGAUGGCUGAACCACUUCGGAACUUCUGUUUGAGGCAAAAUGCUUUGAAGUCCUUGGCUUUGAUGAAUUUUCUCCUGCAAAAUAUUGAAAUUAAGUAAAAAUAUUUUCAGUGUGGGUAUAUACUUGUGAGUGUUC